AUGGAUUAAAAGAAGGACAUUAUUCUAAAGAAAAUUGCUGAGAAUGAAGAAACCAUAAUAUAGAAGCUUGCUCCUUAAAUUAGAUUAGCUAUUCCUUUGAAACACAAAGUAUAAUGUGGUGGAGGCACUUUUGAAAUUUACACUCAUUAUGAGUUAUAGCGUAACAUAGGAAAUGGAGCUUUUGGAUUUGUUUGUUCAGGAAAGGACAAAUUGAAUAAUAUUGAUGUUGCCAUUAAAAAAGUAAUAGUAUUAAUUAUAUAUAGAUUACAAUGGUUUUUAGAGAUUUACUUGAUGCAAAAAAGGUACUAAGAGAAAUUAAACUAUUAAGUAUUAUUAUAAUUUAAAAUUAGAAUUCUUUGAUAAUCCCAACAUUGUUAAAUUAUUGGACAUCAUUGUUCCUGAUGAAUAGGAUACUUAUAAGGAUUUAUAUUUAGUGUUUCAACUUAUGCAUCUAGAUUUAGAAAAAGUCAUUUAAUCUCCUUAACCAUUGACAGAUAAGAAGAUUAAUUGGUGUAUGUAUUAAAUCAUCAGUGGCUUAUAUUAUAUGCAUUCAGCAAAUAUUAUUCAUAGAGAUUUAAAACCAAAUAAUAUAUUUAUAAAUGCAAAUUGCCAUAUAAAAAUUGGAGAUUUGAAUUUAGCUAGAAAAUAAGAGAUGGAUAAUGCAUCAAUUUAAACUGAUUAUGUAGUAUAAAGAUGGUAUCGAGCACCUGAAGUAUUGUUGUCUUCAAGUGAAUAUACUAAAGCAAUAGAUAUCUGGUCUUUAGGUUGUAUUUUGGGUGAACUCUUAGGAAGAACUAUUUUAUUUAAAGGUAUGCAUCAUUAAGAAUAAAUUGAAAAAAUUGUUGCUAUUCUUGGCAAACCUAAAUAGGAAGACUUACCUUAUGAAAUUGAUGAAUAAUCUACUGAAUUUCUAUAGUAAUUGCCAGAAAGAGAAGCUAUCAAAUGGGCAGACUUUUUCCCCUUUGCUUCUCCAUUAGCUCUAGAUUUGUUAGAACAUAUGUUAGUAAAUUUGUUUUAUUUAUAUAAUAAGGUCUAUAAUCCCAAUAAUCGAUAUACAAUUUAAUAGUGCAUUGAGCAUCCAUAUUUUAAAUAAUAAUACAUCGAUCAUCCACCUUAAGUUUGUAAGGAAUCCUUCGAUUGGUCUUUCGAUAAUAUUGAACUUAAGGAACAAGCCUUACGAAAAGCUCUCUAUUAAGAGGCACUUGAGUUCUUAAAGCCAAAAAAAUGA